UUUAAUUUUUAUACAUAACCUGUAAGUUUAAAAAACUUUUCAUAACGAAAGGGUGAUGUUUACAUUUUUUUAAUUAAUUGAUAUUUUAACUUCUAACUUUAUGUACCAAGUUAAUUAUAGCAAUGAAAUCUAAAACGUUGAAUCUACCAGGAAAGGCUACUGAAAAAGAAAAAACAAUCAAAACAUAUGACUUUCUAAAGUAUUACAAUACAGCAGAUGGAAAUUGUGUUAAUAUAAAAGAAAGUUCAAUUAAAAAUGAUCCUGAAACCGUGGCAAAACCAUCAAAACGACGACAAAAUUCUAUCAAAAUGGCAAAGACAUCAAAAGGUAAAACUGUUAAUAUGACCAAAAUAGACAUAGAUGGAACAAAUUUAAAUUCAGAAUCAGGUAAACGAUCUCCUCUUAAUGAAUCCAAGGCUACAUCAACGCCUAACGUAAGUAAUAAUAAAAAUUCUUGCAUAAAAUCAAUCAUGAAAGGAACCUCGGACAAUGAAAGCCAAGAUAUUUCCAAUGUUCCCAGGAUUAAACCUAAAAAGAGAAAUAAAUCCGUAAGUUUUAUGCUGGAGGACAAUGAGGAAGUUGUUAUUAAGAAAACUAAGUCUAAUGAUUCUCUGGUAGCUAAGAGCCAAGUUACAGAUAAGAACAAAUUAAAAAGGGACAAGGUUAAGAGUAAACUUGUAGUUAAAGAAGAUAAAGAGAAUAACAAUAUAAAAGCUAAUGACGCACAUAACAAAAAUGAAAUAAAUAAAAAUAAAAGAAAAUCAGGAAAGAAAAUUAAGAAUAUACCAGAUCAAGAAAUGGGCGAUGGUGACAAUAAAAACAAUUUAGAUGAUGAUGAUGAUGUUGACAACACCAUAAAUGAAAAAGCGAAUGAAACAAAGAAAAAGAAAAGAAAACGAGGAAAAAAAGGAAAACUUUCAACUACAAUCGACUCUGACAAAGAGGGCACUGAUGAAACUGUAGAAGUUGCAAAACAGAAACCCAAAAGAACACAGAAAAAUAAACACACAGCAGAAGCUUCCGAGUCUGAAGAACCUGCAAAGAAAACUAAAAAGAAAAACAAACCAGAUGUAAUUGCCAAAGGUAUUGAAAACCUGAACAUCGGUGAUAAUGCUCACACACUAACCAACUUGCUGGAUGAAAUGACUGUUAACAAGAAUAAAAAGAAAAGAAAUAGAAACAAACCAACAAGUGUUGCCACUGAAGUCAAAGCUGAAGAAAGCACUAAUGAAGUCAAGAAAUCAAAGAAGAGAAAGAAUAAGAAGAAAAACCGUAAUUUGAAUGCUGUGGUACUCGUACAGAAUUUGCCAUUUUCUAUAAUUCUUAAUUAUAGGCAAUUAUUAAAAGAGCACUUUUCUAAAUUCGGAAAUGUUCAGUCUAUUGGCAUUGCCGACUUGAAGUGUGAGGGAGAGGAUCCAAAGCCGAUAUUUACAACCAGAAUAUUCUUUGCAACUGAAGAAGCGGCACUUGCUGCUGUUACAGAAGACAAGACGUCGUUUGAAAACAACAUUAUACGCGUAAAGAAAUACAUAGCGCCUGCAGUGAGACCCGUAAAACGGGGCUCAUGGGUGAAUAGUUCUAUGAGGUCUAAGAAACCGGCAGAAAACGAUGAAACAAAUCCUGAAACUGAGAAAAUGGCGCCAGAAGUUGACAGUGGCAGUGAUUAAUUUGGCGGGAAAAGUAACAGCACAAUUAUGUUGCAUGCAGCAUGGUGCCAACGAUUAUUUGAAAGAAUGUUGUGAUUGAUAUUUGAUAGUUUUGAUUUUCGAUCGUGUAAAGU